UUUACCCAUCGUCUAUCCCUCAAAGAGCGUGUGGCCAAAGCAGAGAGGACUUCCUCAGACAGACCUCCUUCCUACAGGAGACGAUCUCUUAGUGUGGACUGGGCUGACACUGCCAAGAUGACGCAACCCAUGAGGGGGGACCAGGCCCACCAGCCGGCCCCAGCCCGCAAGUCGGCCAGCCUUUCCUCGCCAAGCGCGGCUCGCCGCCUAUACCGCAACUUGUCUGGAAAGUUCCGUGCGGGCACCAACCCCCCUGCCCUGGAGGACAGUGUGGUGUUAGGACGGGGAGGAGACAAGGAGAGGCUGCGCAAAACCACCAUAUUCCAGAGCAAUGAGGCGUUGUUUGAGGCAGUGGAGCACCAGGAGUUGGACUUGGUACAGCUGCUUCUUUCCCAGUACAGUCUGGAGGAGCUGGACCUCAACACACCAAACAGUGAGGGCCUCCUGCCCCUCGAUAUCGCUAUCAUGACCAACAACGUGCCCAUGGCCAAACUGCUACUGCGAGCUGGUGCCAAGGAGAGCCCCCACUUUGUGAGUCUGGAGGGCCGAGCAGUGCAUUUAGCCACAUUGGUGCAGGAGGCUGAGCAGCGGGUGUCGGAGCUUCAGGCCCAGGUUGGAAGCGAGGGUCCUGGUGAUCGGGAAGGAUCUGACCGUGAGCGACAGCUAAAGGCCUGGGAGUGGAGGCUCCGACUCUUACGCCGCAUGCAGACGGGCUUCGAGCAUGCUAACCCUCCGGACGCUCCGAGUGUAGUUCGCCUGUCUGUCAGCAGCAGCACCAGUCUAAGGGUGGACUUCCUGGAACCUGUCUGUGUCAACUCUGCUGUGGUUACCAAGUACAAAGUGAGCUGGAGCAGUGCACCUUCACUCACUCCUUUGCUGGGGGAGAUGGUGGUGGAGGACACCACUCUGCUACAGUGCAACAUCGCUGGACUCACUUCUGGGACCUUUUACUAUGUCCAGGUGUCAGCCUACAACAUGAAGGGCUGGGGGCCUCCACUAGUCUCCACCCCUGCCUGCGCUGCACCUUCCAGUUGGAGGGAUAUCGAUGGCCGUGCUCCACGUCAGAGAGGCCAGAAGGAGGCACUAGACCAGCUGCUCGGACAGAUAAAGGAAGCUCACCGCCACUGUGUCUGCCAUGAACAGUGCAAAGCUCCACCGCAAGGGAGGAAACACUCAGUAUCCAAAAGCCUGCGCCACCUCUUCCAACCAACCAGCAAAUUUGUAAAAAGCUUGAAAAGAGGUCUCUAUCUGACAUCCAUAUUCUACAGAGAUGAUAAUGUGUUGGUGACUUCAGAGGACCAGAUCCCCAUUGUGGAGGUUGAAGAUUCCUACUCCAGCUCCCUCAUGCAGGACUUCCUCUGGUUUACCAAGGUGUCGUAUCUGUGGGAGGAGAUUCCCUGGCUGCAGCAGUGUCUCAGUCCUUCCCAAUCAUCCUGUUCAUGUACUCUGCAGACACGUCUCAAGAUGCUGCAGGCUGUCUCCCAGCUACAGGGAAUGCUGGGUACCCAGGACCUUGGUCAGGUGUAUUUUGAGCCAAUCAAAGACAAGCAUGGUAACGCCCUGCUGGUGCUCCUGAAGGACAUGAGUGCCUGUCCCAACCUGGAUGGGGUUCGCUGGACGCAGCUUUGUAAACUCCAGCUCCAACGCAAGUCCAUCUCGUCCCCUGAAGAGCCCACCGCCUUGGAUAUGCUUCUCAUAACACUCCAUGAGAAGCUGGCGUAUCACAGGCGGAGCAGGAAGAUGUUGUCUCCAGGCUUAUACCUGGGCUACCUCAAACUGUGUACAUCUGUGGAGCAAAUCAGAGCACUGGUGCCCCAGAAACUCCCCAACAUCCUCUGUCACACCAAAAUUCGGGACAACAGCAACGUGUCCAGAGAGGAGUGGCAGUGGCUGCAGGCUCUCAGCUCUCUGGAUGAGUCGAUGGAAAUGGACCAUGAGGUACAGAGUGCUCCACAUCGCCUCCUACAGGACCUGCGCAGCGCCAUUAAGGAGCUAAUGGCACACAUCAAUGUCCCUGGCAAUCAGGCACAGGACUUCCGUCUCUACAGCCAGGAGGUGUUGGAGUUUGGGGAGAAGGUGUCCUUCCUGCUCCUCCUGCCCCCUUCAGAUGAAGUGUGCACCGCUCCCGGUCAGAAUAACCCAUACUCCCCCCGCUCUGUCUUCCUCACCCUGCCCCUGCAGAUCUUUGAACUGGUCCACUUUAACGCCUAUUGCCCCAGUUUCAUUGGCCAGUACUGCAGAGUAUCGGCUUUGCUGGAGCUGGAGUCCCUCAUGUCCCAGCAGGCACUAAGGGAGGCCUUUUCUGAGGCCGAGCUCCUGGCUGCUAAGAAGAAACACCAGCAGGUCCAGGAACACAUUCAGCAAAUGGAGGAGGUGUGGCGUGAUGCAAGGUGGAUCAUGGAUGCCUUGCAGUACGCCCGCUAUAAGCAGCCAACGGGGGGCAUCUCCAUAAGCUGGAUAGUUGACUUCUCCAAGGAAGUGAUGCCCGAAAAGCCUCCCUCCACCUCCUCUCAGCCAGACUUCAUGCCCUCCCCCAUGCCUUCACCCGAACCCUGCCGUAAGCACUCAGAUUUUGCUGGACUAUCGGACGAGGAAGGUUCCUCUGAGGUCUUCCUCACCACCGACAGCGACUACGACUCCAGCCGUGCCCAGAGUCCCCGUGAGCUGGACCUACUGCCCCCCUCACCCCUCUCAUCCUCUGCACCGCUGGAACCCCGUGGUUUCCUGCGCAGUGAUGGGAGCACCUCCGGGGGUGGGUUGUGUCUCGGUGGGGGUGGGCGCGGAGGCGGAGCGCUGAGGGAUUCCACGCCAGAUGUCCUCCAGGCCUCAGAGCCACAGCACGGCAUGGAAGGUGAGCGCUGUGGUGGAGUGGGAGGAGUCCGGUGUGGAGGGGAAAGGCGAAGGGGGGCCCCGGAACUGUUUGACAGUGACUUCAUCCUGCCUAGCAGGCAGAUCGAGCUGUUGCACAUUACAGAGAAGAGACAGGCUUUCUGUGUGAGAACCAGCAGCCUGGAGUUCCCUUCCACCACCUCAGCCUACCACCAGCCUUACUGCUACCACACUUCUUGCCCCUCGCCGUCCACGUCACCACAGCGCAGGUGGCACAGGCACUCGUCGGUGGACCGCUGCUGCUCAGGUGAACGCUGCCUACCACAGCUUCCACCGGCGCGCACGUUAUCGCAGGACAGCGGCACACAGAGACUCUCCUCGCCAUCACCUGCUGCCCUCAGGAAAGGCUGUCACGCCACACUCAGAGUGUACCCACAGUACCACACAGGCCUGCCAAAGGAGACCAGUGUAAAGCUUUGUGUAACUCCAGGAACAUCAGCGCGGGAGAUGGUUCAGCUGGUGGUGCAGGAGAUGAACGUGGUGUCUCGGCGCAUGCUCGGCAGCAACGGCGGUGAACAGCAGCAGUGUGUGUACUACAGCUCUGAACAAUUGAAGCACUUUGGCCUCGUGCUGGUUGUGGACAAUAGAGAAAAGUGGCUUCAGGAUGAUUUCUGUCCCCUGGAGCUCCAGAACCCCUGGUUGAGGGGCAAACUGUGCGUUCGCAUUAAGGAGUAUUCACCACUAGCGCUCAAACACAGCCGGGCCACCACGGUGUGAUACUUCCAGAGAGAGAAUGAGCUAAAAGAAAACGUUUGUGAGUUCCUGCCAUUUGCAUAUUCUCUCUCGACAAAUGUGUGUUGAAGCUGGAACUCCUGAACAUUUGUACAAAAAGGCUAUUUUCUGUCUCACCGUGGUGUUACCGUCCACCACUGCAGCUAUAACAUGUUGUCAUAUUUUCUGCUGUGUUCUUGUUAUCUGAAAGGCUUCUGUUUCCAUGAAAUAUGUUCUCCCAUACAAAGAAACUUUUUUAUGAACAUCAGAGACCCUCAUAUGGACACCAAAUGAACAAUAACAAAGUGGAACAAAGAGAAAAGAGCUUUUUGUGCUGUCAGAAAUCAUUGGGAAAAAGAUUGUGAUGCUGAGCAAGAUUAAUGGAGCGUCACUUUGACUUCUGGCAUGAUUGACGCCAGCACAUCGGGCCGUGCAUGUUGCCAAAACGACAUGGGCAGCAUCAUCUCCUCCCCAGCCACACGCGGACACGGCUUUUCCUAUGAACUCUCUCAUUGUGUCAUUCCCAAAGAGCUGUCGGCUGCAGCCGCCCGGCCCCAUGUUCCCAGGAUGUGGGCUCUGGACCCGGCCCAGAGCGCAGGAAGGAAGGGAGAAGUGCAGAGGGGGGCUGGCGUCUCCACUUGGGGACGCAAUCGGCCCGGUGAUUUGGCCCAUCAGCCUGUCACUCAACUGCUCUUGGCCACUGUACCGUCUGGUAGUGAAGCAGCCAAGCAAGGGAGAGAGAGCUUGAUAGGAAGUGAGAGAGAGAGAGAGAGAGUGGAGGAGGAGGAGGAGGGUGGAGGCUGCAUCUUUUAGAACCUGGCACUGGCUCUUCUGGUGCUCUUUUUCUCCCUUUUGCAGCCACAAAUCCUCUGUAUAGUAGACUCAGUCGUAGUGUAGCGAACAAACAUGAUCAUCUCAUUUCGUGAAGUAACACAAAAUAGAACCAGCUAAUUUGGAUUUUCACAACAGAGAAAUAAAACAAGCAAUACUCUUUUUGUUUUUCGUAUAGAUGGAGAAAAAAAAGCAUGUAAACCUUCCAAAAUUGUGCGCUGAGUGCAUCUAAAGUACUGUAGUCAUGCCGUGCUUAAAGUGAACCAGUUCAGUGUUUUGUUGUGUUUGGUUCUGUGGUAUUCCCAGAUGCAUCAGAAAAUGGUGCCCAUCAGUCUAGAGCAGGGUCUCCCAAAGGGACUGUAGUGUGAAGGGGAUGACUGAAGUUGUUGAGAGGCUUUGUGUUUGUUAGUUAAGGUAGUAGUAUUUCAGACUGUCUCCUAAACUUCCUCAAAAUAAGUUACAGAUGAAAAGACUAAACUAUAAGAUGCUUAGAAAUAUAUUUCAGAGACUCAACAAAACCACCACAGCCCGCAACAUGGGGGUCAUGUGACAUGAAGUCACAGUGAAGGCCUCUCUCAGCUCGUUUUCAGUCACCUUGCUAACUUGUACAAGUUAAACAGUGAACAUGCGGACUGCACACUGUUGGAAAAUAAGUAAAACUCUCUGCAGUAAAGGAAAAAACUUUAAAAAACGAAUCAAUCUUUAUUCUUUAAUCUGUAUUUAGUUUUGAUAAAUUGUGAUAUGAACAAUGCAACAUUAUGAACAGUCUGCAAGCUUACCACCCCCCACCCAAACCAAAAAAAAAUACGAUGUUAUAUCUGUUAUAUCUGCUAUGCAACAAUUUCUUACUUUGAGGACGCGCACACUGCGGGAUGCAGACCAGUGUGAGCCUCAAUGCAAUUUCAUCAAAAUUAAAACAUAGCUGCAAACAUUGAUGAAUAAAGCGUGGUGUGCUGGAGAAGAGUCCCGUGGUGUGUUUUAAUUUUGAUGGGAUUAUAUCUAUUAUGAACAUUCAUGCAAAUGUAACUUGUAGUUAAUCAGUUUUUGAAAACUACAUCUAAGAUCCCCUUAAACAACAAAUCAGAAAUCAAGAAAUGCAGCUGUUCCUACUGGAAUGUGUUUGGGUGUCAAAUUGUCAGUCUGCAGUAAACAUGCUACCAUAUUAGCUCACUAGCUGUUGCACUGGCUGGUACACCUGAUUACUAUGUUAUGUGACCCUCAGCCUUUACGUUCCAGUUGAAGGUUUGAACAUGAAUCCGGUCUCUACCAUAACACUCAUGCAGGUAAUCUAUUAAAUCACUAAUAAUAAGAAUAAGAAUAAACUUUAUGCAGCACUUUUCAAAACUGCUACAAACUGCUUAACAUGGCAACAAUAGUACUGCAAGUUGAAAAUGAUAACAACAAUAAUAAAACAUGUUUAGAAUUAAAGGGUAUGUUAGCAUUAAUUAAAAUAAAAGUUUUGAGAAGUGUUUAAAAGUUGUCACUGAUCCUGCAGGGGCCUCUUAACAGUUUAAACCAUCCUUUAUAGCUAAUUUCUGAGAACCUGUGCCAAGUUUUGCUCUCUGUUCACACUGUCCACUCCGUGGAACCUCACAACAUUACAUUUGAAACAGAACCACACUGUUUACAUCAAACUCUGCAUCUCACACAGCCAGACACUGCUGUGCGCUGUUGGGUUGUAUUUAUUUUUUUAUAUAUUUUUUCAGUAUAUGAUAGAUUCUUUUUUCUGCUAUGAAACAUCAAGCAGGCUCAGCAACAUCAUGCCGUUCUAAUAGCCUGCAGCGUUUCCGUAUGUAGCACCAGAAAGGUCCAAAAGAGGAGAGUUUGAUGGGUGAAGUCAGUGGACCUGGCCUCAGUUACUGUAGCAUUCCAGGUUCACAGGAUGCUGUGGAACCUGCCACAGGGGGAGUGAACAGUGGUGCCUCUCAAAGUGUUUACAGAGUUUACUUUCCUUACACCAUCGAAGAUGUGCUUACGUGGAACUACUGUGUAAAGAUGUCUUAAGACCAAGUGAUGUUAUAAGUUGUAAUUGGUUUUACUAAUGGCUUGAGCUCUUGUGUUAGCGCUUAGAUGUCUUCUUUAUUCACAUUGUUAAAAGCGGUUUUUACGAGGGCCAACUGCAAAAACAAAUCACACAACCAGAAACCGAACCGUGUACACAGAAGACCCGGGGAUGAAUGUACAGUAUCUGCCCUGAAUGUGAAAGGAAGUGAAUGUGGGGCUGGCAUCACCACAGAGGUCAAACGUCAGUGAAG